UCAUAUGGUGGGCCAUUCAACUGUCAUUUCGGGUGUCGCGCGGUUCGUGCAUUUUCCGUUGCGUUAAUUUGUACAAAUUUCAUAAUAUACACUUAUAUAUUUUAUAGUUAAAUUCCGUGUGUCCCUUUACGACAAUUUAUCCUUGCUAGUUCCCAUCCCAAGUGACAAUCCAUUUGCUUAUGUAAAAGUCUUUCAACACAUUCGGACUAGUCAAAUCUUACUCGAAGAUGGGAAAUGUGCUUGCCGCUUCGAAGCCCCCACCGCCUCUGUUUGACAGCAAGGUCGACAUACCGGAACCGGUGCCCUCGGCCAGCUUAUCUACAAAAGAGACUGCUGCGAGCGGUGAAGACACCGUGAAUCCGGGGACAAUUGAAGAUUUACAUAAAAAGUGUAAAGAUGUCAUGCCCGUGCCAUUCGAAGGUGCAAAGAUGAUGCUGAACAAGGGGCUCAGCAAUCACUUCCAAGUUUCGCACACACUUAACUUAUGCUCGACAAGCCCGUCUGGGUACAGAUUCGGUGCAACAUACGUUGGGACAAAACAGUUCACGCCUAAUGAAGCUUAUCCCGUAUUGCUAGGCGACAUCGAUCCAUCUGGAAACCUAAACGCAAAUCUCAUUCACCAAUUCUCACCACAACUUCGUCUAAAGUUCGCAUCUCAGAUCCAACAAAGCAAAGUCACAGCAGCGCAACUUACAACCGAUUAUCGUGGCAAGGAUUUCACCGCGUCCCUUACAGUGGUCAACCCCAACAUUAUCACCAACUCUGGGGUCGUGGUGGCUCACUAUUUGCAAUCGGUCUCAGAAAAAUGUGCCCUUGGCGGGGAAAUCGCUUAUCAGUACGGACCGAAUGUUCCAGGUGGGAAAGUCGCUGUUGUAUCAGCAGCGGGACGAUACGGAGAUGAGAAAUCUACUUGGUCGGGCACUGUGGGUGCCGGGGGUGUUCAUAUUUGUUAUUACCAAAAGGCUAGUGAGCAAUUACAGGUUGGCGUCGAGUUCGAAACGAGCUUCCGACUGCAGGAGUCCGUUGCAUCUGUCGGCUAUCAAGUGGAUUUACCUAAAGCCGACCUGGUAUUCCGAGGGAUGGUCGACUCAAAUUGGAAUGUCAGCGGCGUGUUAGAGAAACGCCUUCAACCUCUGCCAUUUUCGUUCGCUCUGAGCGGCCGAUUAAAUCACGUCAAGACCCAAUUUCGGCUGGGAUGUGGUCUGAUAAUUGGCUAAAUUCCAUGCGUUAUGUGGACCGACACUCGCAGCAUUCAUUAUUGAGUUUCCUUUUUGUAAUAAAUUGCCCCAGAUUUUAGGCUGAAUUUGUUCAUAGUUAUUUCAUUGCAGUCUGAAAUUCACGCGCAUCCACCCCUCCUUCCUGAAAUCAUUAGUAAAGCAAAUAACUUCCACUUGCUGCAUUUAUUUUCUUUUUAUCUUGAUAUGUAACAAUUAUGUGGUACUUUCAGCAAAGACGUGAAAUAAAAUAUGAUCCUGUUAGUAUAGUGAAAGUAGAAUAACUUUAAACUGAAGUUUGAUGAAGUUUAUUGUUCUUUGUCAAAUAAAUAUGGAGCGUUAUGCGGCUCCAAUUGACCUAA